AUGCCGAUGGCCAACCAUGACACCGAACCGGAGGUUAAUGGCGAGGGAAGUAGUGACAGUCUGGGCGAUCUGUUCAGCGAGAUAUGGGAGCGGGAGAGCCAACCGGAGCUACGCUUUGCCAUCAUCGGCGUUGGAUCGGUGGUGCAGACACAAGACCUCCAGGGGCAGCGUUGGAAGGUCAACAAUUUCUCCAACACCGUGUGGGAGGCGGCAAUCUGGAUGCACCAUUUCUUCCAGGAUGAACGCUGCUUCCCGCCCGGGUGGCUCAGAGGCCGCCGGGUGCUCGAGAUCGGUGCCGGAACGGGGUUGGUCGGCCUUACCCUUGCGCUACUCGGUGCCCAGGUCACAAUGACUGAUCUGCCCGAGGCGCUGCCCAUCCUUCGACACAACACGGACGCCACCUUCGCGACCUUGAACGACGACGAAGGUCAUGGCGACGAAAACAACGAUCGCAAUGGUCUUGUUGGCCGAGAGAAUCACGACCAUGCUGCUGACAGGAUGUCCUGCAGUAGACCGAUGAUCCGGGAGCUUUGCUGGGGCAAUGUGGCCGAAGCGGGAGAAGUGGCGGCAGCGGCAGCAGCUGUGGAUGGAGAGGGUUCAGAGUGGGAGGGGUUUGAUAUGAUCGUGGGCGCAGACGUGAUUUACAACGAGCCGACGUUCCCGGCUCUGCUCUCCACCCUCUCGGACCGGCGCCUGUGCUCGGAAAACUCUCUCGUCUAUCUCGCCACGAUGUUGCGAGGAGGGCGGCACGAGGGUUUCCUGGAGAUGCUCAACCUGAACGGCUUCCACGUCCGGGCCUUGGACCCGACCUGCGCGGACGACCUGCGAGCACGGGUCUCCGGUGACGACGCCAAAGGAAACCGCAGCUGUGGUAGCCGCAUUGGUGGUGGUAGCCCAGCUACAGUUGCUGGCGACGUUGCAGGCGGAGCUGCUGUUGUUGCUGCAGGUGGGACAGGCGGCAGGGGUGGGAAGUGGCCCGGCCCCGAGUGGAAAAGAGGGAGCCUUCCUCCGGAGAGAAGAAAAAUACACCUUGACACUCCCACCGACAGCGAAACCGCUGCAAGACGUGGUCGGCGUGGAGGCAGAGGAACCGCCGCAGAUUCGCCCGCAAACGGGACCGGGGAGGCACUGGCCGAGGAUGUUGCCGGUGGCGGUAUUGGACACCUGGUAGCGCCCGGGGCACUGAGGGGUAGCACACGGGGGAACGAUGAUUCGGCGUUCUCCGCUAAACGUGGGUUUUGA